AUGUUGCAAUUGGUGGAUUAUCCCUUCUGCGCGAGACGCAGAGAUUUUUUUGCUCUGGCGUAUUUUGGACAGGAAGAUGGCAGGAGGGCAGCGCGAUGCGAGCAGAAGCCUACAUAUGAGUCUCUCGAUCCACUGCCUGCAGUUGGUGAAAUAUUUCAAGUCGAUUUCGACUUGGCCACUUUUGUCCCUUAUGAAUAUGUGCCAACGCGUCGUCGGGGCGUGGGGGCUCGCCCAAAGCCUAUCUCACCGAAAUCCAGCAUCCUCACCGACCACUCCCCCGCCAAGCAGAUGGAAGUCGCAGUUGACGAUCCAUUGCCAGCGGUAGGCGCACCAUCUACUGAGAAUGAGAGCGGCAUGCGCGGCGAUCAAGGUAUGUGA